AUGACCGGUUUGGCUGGGAAGCUGGACCCUCGCAGAGUACAAUGGGGGUCCACAUGGAACACCUUUGCGUCCCGCGUCCUAAGGACCAAGCCUGUGGAGUCCAUGUUGGACUCAGCCACGUCGGGCACUGGUCCCCACGGUACCAGACUGGCACGGGUUCUGUCCACCGUGGACCUGGUGUCGCUAGGAGUCGGCAGCUGCGUGGGCACGGGGAUGUAUGUGGUCUCCGGGCUGGUUGCCAAGGAAAUGGCCGGACCGGGGGUCAUUGUGUCCUUCAUCAUCGCUGCCGUUGCCUCCAUACUCUCUGGUGUGUGUUAUGCAGAGUUUGGCGUGCGUGUGCCAAAGACCACGGGUUCAGCCUACACGUACAGCUAUGUGACAGUGGGGGAAUGCGUGGCCUUUUUCAUUGGCUGGAAUCUCAUUCUGGAGUAUCUAAUUGGCACCGCGGCGGGGGCGUCGGCUCUCAGCAGUAUGGCAGACUCGCUGGCCAAUCACAGCAUCAGCAACUUCAUGAUCACACACAUUGGGACGCUCAAUGGCCUGGGAAAAGGAGAGCAGUCAUAUCCAGAUCUGCUGGCGUUGGUCAUAGCCAUUCUGGUGACUGUGAUCGUUGCACUUGGGGUGAAGAACUCUGUGGGUUUUAACAACGCUCUGAAUGUGAUCAACCUCAUUGUGCUGGUGUUCAUGAUGAUCGCCGGGCUGUUCUUUGUCAAUGGAGAGAACUGGGACGAGGGGAGAUUCCUGCCCUUUGGCUGGUCGGGGGUGAUGCAGGGUGCUGCCACUUGUUUCUAUGCAUUCAUUGGUUUUGACAUCAUUGCUACGACAGGAGAGGAGGCCAAGAGUCCCAACACAUCCAUCCCCUACGCAAUCACUGCCUCUCUUAUCACCUGCCUCACUGCCUACGUCUCUGUUUCUGUGAUCUUGACUCUGAUGGUGCCAUACAACGAGAUUGAUGAAGACGCCCCGCUGAUGGAAAUGUUCGCGGUGCAUGGCUGCAUGUUUGCAAAGUACAUCGUGGCGGUGGGAUCCAUAGCAGGGCUCACUGUCUCGCUGCUGGGCUCCCUGUUCCCAAUGCCAAGAGUUAUCUAUGCCAUGGCCGGAGAUGGCCUGCUGUUCAAGUUCCUGGCCAACGUGUCUACCUAUACAGAGACUCCAGCAGUGGCCUGUGUUGUGUCGGGCUGUCUGGCUGCCUUGCUGUCCCUCCUGGUCAGCCUCAGAGACCUCAUAGAGAUGAUGUCCAUUGGCACCUUGCUGGCUUACACCCUGGUUAGUCUUUGUGUACUGCUGCUACGUUACCAACCUGAGGGUGACAUCCACGGCUUUGUCAACUUCCUGUCUGAAGAGCAGAACAACAAGAGAAAGGAGGGUGUUCUUGCCGAGUGUGAGAAGGAUGCCUGCUCACCAACCAGCGAGGCUGACGAGUAUGGAGGAGCACCCACCAACACCUGCGGCGCGAAAAACCUCCCAUCGAUAGGUGACAAUGAAAUGCUGAUUGGCAAACCAGACAAAACCGCCUACACGGCCAGCCACCCAAACUACGGCACAGUGGACAUGGCCACAGGCAUUGAAGCAGAGGAGUCCGAGAGCGGAAUGUCACGGCGCCUCAAGAAGCUGAUUGGACCGCAUUAUUACACACUGAGGAUCCGAUUGGGCCUGCCAGGAAAGAUGGACAGGCCCACGCCAGCCACAGGGAAGACGGUCACUAUGUGCGUGCUGCUGCUCUUCAUCAUCAUCUUUGCUUUCUGCUCCUUCAUCAUUUUUGGAUCAAGCUAUAUUGGAGAGGGUCGCUGGUGGGCUCUGUUGCUGCUAAUCUCCUUUAUUAUCCUCAUUGCACUGCUCAUCAUCGUCAUCCUUCAGCAGCCAGAGAACCCCAAGCGGCUGCCCUACAUGGCACCGUGUGUGCCCUUUGUACCCGCUUCAGCUAUGCUAGUCAACAUCUACCUCAUGCUUAAACUGUCUGCCAUCACCUGGAUUCGAUUUGCUAUCUGGUGCUUCAUCGGCGUACUCAUCUACUUUGGCUACGGCAUGUGGAACAGUACGCUGGAGAUCACCGCCAGAGAGAAUGAGGUGCACGCCUCCACCUACCAGCGCUAUGACCAGGGCGUGGACGAAGGCUUCUGCGGCUUUGACGACGACUUCUACCCACCUAGCAAUGACCCCUGGGGGGCACCGGAGGGGGGAUCAGGGCUGACCCCACCCCCAGAGGGAAAGCCAGAAAGUGACGGGACAGUGCCGAAAGGCGAGGCCCGGACCACAGCCAAUCAUGGCCUCGCGGAGGAAGACCCGAUGGAUUUCUGAAGGGACUGACCUUGUGCUGCCCUGAAUGUACUGCCUUGUCUGCUGCCUGGGGGAGGG